GUUUUUAAAUUUUUUUUUAUAGAAUUGGUAAGCAUGUGAAGGAAGCAAUGUGUGAUUCUACCUCCAUGGUUUAGGCCUCCGCGCCCGAUAUUGGUGGAUAUUUUCGCAAGCACACUUUGUGAGAUCAUGGAGGAAGGAACUUCCUUCCUCCAUGGUGAGAUGCAUGGAAGUUGCUUUCAAUUGAUAAGAGUGCAACUUACGAGAACUUUCUUUGCUAGUGGCACCUUCUUUUACUCGUUUUGCCAUGUUUUAAGUAAUGCAAUUUAACAGGCUGAACUUAGAUACGUCGGUUUGCUUGUCUGCAAGUACUGAGACAGUAAAAAACUCCAGCCUGACCCCCAUGGAAAAAUUCCUGCUUACCAACUGCCUUCCACUUGAAAGCUUGAGCGGGGUAAAAUUAAUAAAAAUUGUACAUGUACUUUGAGCAUACUGCAUAAUUCAUAUUUUCAAGUGUGGACGCUUAAUCAAAUGUGACGUCAGUGAAAUUAUCAUAAGUGCCUUCCCCCGGAUGUGAUACUGCCUCUGCCGAUUCUCUCUCCAAUCCAACACGACUAGGGCUAGAUCAUUGCCAGCAGUGCCGCGUUGUCCUACGUGCUUGCUGCAACUGGUGAAGACUUUGACAUGCAGCUAGACAUGAUUCGGAUCGGAUGCGGCUAGCGCAGCCAUACCGGAAAAAUGGCAGACACACAGGUGGAAGACUUGGAAUAUCAUGUCACGUUCCCAACUGCAAUUUCUGCAGAUAGCGGGGACGGAAACAGCGACAACCCAGCUCAGUCAGAUCGCAAAGAGCCAGUGGUUAUUUUGCUUGGUUGGGCGGGCUGCGAAGACCGACAUCUGAGCAAAUACAGCGCUAUCUACCACUCAAUAGGCUUCACCACAGUUCGCUACACACUGCCGAGCCAGCACAUGGUGAGUGCGCCGAAGAUAAAAGUCAUCGCACGGAAGGUUCUUGAAUUGGUUUUUGACUUGGGCCUGGAGGAAAAUGUGGUGUUUUUUCACGUUUUCAGCAACGCAGGAUGCUUUAUCUACCGGUACAUCACGCAGUAUCUGCACAACCCGGAGUUUGGUGGCGGCGAACUAGCUUCAAUUAAAGUGGGCGGAUGCAUCUUCGACAGUGCUCCGUGCGCAACCAGCUUGUUGAUGUAUCUCAAAGUUCGCAACAGGGCUGACAAGACGAGCGGCUUCUUCAUGCGGAUCGUCCACAUAGUCAUCAUCCUUUUGGCAGGCAUCUUGAGUUUCUUCUUACCGUCGGGUUCGUCUUGGAACAUACGCCAAGAUAUUUCCUCCUUCAUGUCUGAAAUGAAAAUUGACCGGUCCCGUUACCCACAGCUGUACCUUUACUCCAAGACGGAUGAUAUCUGUGACUGGCGAGGGGUGGAGGAUGUGGUGGAGGCACGCAGGAAGAAGGGGUCGGAGGUUCAGCAGGUGUGCUGGCAAGAAUCACCUCACUGCGCUCACCUCCUCGCCCAUCGCGACGAGUACAUUCAGAAUUGUCAAGACUUUGUUCAAGGAUGUCUGCUGACUUUCAUGGAUGAGGAUUGACUCUGCCAAAUGACCAAUAUGAAUUGAAAAAGUAUUCCUGGCAACAAAUAGAUUAGUCUUCUUGUAAUAGUAACCAAACAUGCAGAAUAUGUGGCACGUAAUAUUGCUCAAGUCGGCAUCUGGGUAUUACUAUUAGGCCCUAUUGUGGAAAAAAACUUUAAAUAAGUUUCAACUUAAUCUGUUCAUGAACCUUUGCAAGAGUUUGCUGGGAUGAAGAUAUUGCUUAUUAGGGACAAGUUAAACAAAGGAUGUUGUCGGCAUAAAGUGUUUUGAUUGUUAUGAAAACACUCACUGCUGAAAUGAUCUUGGGAUUUUAACAUUGGAAUGGUAAAACAUCUAUUCAGCAAGUUCACAUACAGUGUAUAACUUGUGUAAAAAAUGCAUUUUAUCAACUCUGAAUUCUGCAAGAUGCUUGAGGAUGGGGGAGGGGAGCUGUGGUACCCCAAAGCAGUUGAACUGGACGGGCACACUUUUCUUUCUGCCCAAAUUUAGCUUUAUACAAAGGAAGUCCAUAAAGAAGAUAUAAAUCAAAUUAUUCCUUCCCCAGCCCAGAAGUUGGCCUUGAAAAUUUCAAGUCUGGGUUUACUCUUUAUGUAGUAUACAAUGUAGUAGCAACACUGGUGUGCACGUACACGCAUCAUGAACCCUAACCCCUGAGGCCCUUUUUGUUAGGGACCUGCCUCAAUCCUCCAAAAUUUCUUGAAAAUGUUACUUGGAGGUGUGGCUACUGCCUCAAUCCUUCAAAAUCCUCCGGC